AUGAUGGACCCAGUCUCCCAAUCAUGCCCCAGCUGCAAAUCAAGCAAAUACAACAACCCGCAGCUGCGGCUCAUGGUGAACGUUUGUGGACAUUCCUUGUGCGAGAGCUGCGUGGAGGUCCUUUUUGUAAGGGGCUCAGGUCUCUGCUUCCAGUGUCGUACUCCAAUACGCAAAGCAAAUUUUCGUUAUCAGCUCUUUGAGGAUCCUGAAGUUCAGAAAGAAAUCGACAUUCGCAAGAAGAUUCUCAAUGAAUUCAAUCGGAGAGAAGAGGAUUUUGAAACCAUGGAUGAAUAUGACAAGUACCUGGAACAAGUCGAAGAAAUUAGUAAGUCGACCCCUUUUUGA